UUUGAAUUGAAUUUGUUAUUCCAUCAUAGAUCAUCUCUCCUUCAAUACAUAUGGCAAUAAUUGUUUCAUCCCAACUCAUUUGUCCAGAAUUCAAAGGCCCUUCCGCGGGCGUUGGUGUAGGCACCGCAGCCAAACCAAAUGCUCUUUUCCUCGUCCAUCCCGCCAAAACUCAGACAAAAAUCAAUCACAGUCCACGCCCUCUUCUUCUCUUCUUCGGCUCAUCAUUUCGAAUCCUUAACCAAAGCAAAGCUCAUCCAUCAGAAACAAGUCAUUCAAGGAGCUUCCCUCCUCUCAGAUUCGAAAAACACCUCACAAAUACUCUCUAAUUACCUCUCUUGCGAUGCACAUCCCGAAGUUCUCGCCCUCCUCCGCCACCUCCCACCCUCGCGUUCCGUGGUAUUCUACUGGAACAACCUCAUCAAAAGCAGCGUUUCAACGCGAAAUCUUGAGAAUGCCCUCCAUCUUUUUAAUGAAAUGCGGAGGCUCAACUGGGCUCCUGAUGAAUAUACUUAUCCUUACGUCUUCAAAGCCUGUGGAGAGCUUUCAUCUAUCGUCCGGGGUGCAUCAGUCCACACCCUUGCAGUUGUUACUGGUUAUAUAAACUUCAACGUGUUUGUGGGCAAUGCAAUGGUAGCCAUGUAUGGCCGGUGUGGAGCGCAUGAAAACGCACAGAAGAUAUUUGGUGAAAUGCUUGAGAGAAGGGUGUUUGAUACGAUUUCUUGGAAUUCUAUUAUAGCGGUUUAUUCUCAAAUUGGUGAUUGGAGAAGAGUUCUACAAAUGUUUAAGAAGAUGGUUUCUGUCUCUGACUAUGCAUUGCGUCCUGAUGCGGUUAGUUUGGUUAAUGUACUCCCCGCUUGCGCUUCAGUUAAGUCGUGGAGGAAUGGUAUGGAAAUUCAUGGGUAUGCAAUAAAGAAGGGUUUAGUUGAGGAUGUUUUUUUGGGCAAUGCUAUAGUAGAUAUGUACGCAAAGUGCGGAUUGAUGGAAGAGGCAAAGACUGUAUUCGAUAAGAUGGAGAUGAAGGAUGUGGUCUCUUGGAAUGCAAUGGUUACAGGGUACUCGCAGAUUGGAAAUUUUGAUGAUGCUUUGGGACUGUUCAAGAGAAUGAGGGAGGAGGAGAUUGAAUUAAACGUGGUCACAUGGAGUGCUGUAAUCUCAGGGUACGCUCAGAGGGGGCUUGGCUAUGAGGCACUCGUUGUGGUUAGGGAGAUGAUAGUUUCGGGAUCAGAACCAAAUGCUGUUACCCUCGUCUCAGUUUUAUCAGGUUGCGCAGCAGUUGGGGCAUUAGAUCAGGGAAAAGAAACCCAUUGUUAUGUUAUUAAAGAAUUUUUCAACACAGUAGGGAAUGAUCCUGGGGAUGAGAUGAUGGUGAUCAAUGGUUUGAUAGACAUGUACGCAAAAUGCAAUAAUUUUAGAAUUGCCCGUGCCAUGUUUGAUUCAAUUGAAAGAAAGGAUAGGAGUGUAGUGACUUGGACAGUCAUGAUUGGUGGUUAUGCACAACACGGGGAAGCAAGCGAUGCAUUAGGGCUGUUCUCUGCAAUGCUAAGAGACAAAAAUAGCAUGAUACCAAAUGCAUUUACUAUAUCUUGUGCGUUGGUGGCUUGUGCUCGUCUGGGUGCUCUUAGACUUGGUAGAGAAAUCCAUGCUUAUACAUUGCGUAAUCGUUAUGAAGCAGCCAUGUUGUUUGUAUUAAAUUGCCUGAUAGACAUGUAUACCAAAUCAGGGGAUGUUGAUGCAGCUCGAGUUGUAUUUGAUAACAUGAGCCAUAAGAAUGCUGUCUCGUGGACGUCUAUAAUGACAGGAUACGGCAUGCACGGUCGUGGUGAUGAGGCUCUCCAAGUGUUCGAUGGGAUGAGGAGAGCUGGUCUCCCAAUUGAUGGAGUGACUUUCGUAGUUGUUUUAUAUGCUUGUAGCCACUCUGGAAUGGUUGACAUUGGGAUCAAUUACUUCAAUAACAUGAGAAGGGAUUUCGGAGUUGUUCCAUCAGUGGAACACUAUGCUUGCAUGGUUGAUCUCUUAGGGCGUGCUGGUCGCUUGGAUGAGGCUAUGAAGGUCAUUGAGGAUAUGCCAAUGGAGCCAACCCCGAUAGUUUGGGUGGCAUUUCUUAGUGGUUGCAGGCUUCAUAAGAAUGUUGAACUAGGGGAGCAUGCUGUAAGCCGUUUGUUAGAGUUGAAGUUUGAGAAUGAUGGCUUGUACACUCUUCUUUCAAACAUAUAUGCCAGCGCCAAGCGAUGGAAAGAUGUUGCCAGGAUACGAUCAUUGAUGAAGCACUCAGGAAUCAGGAAAAGGCCUGGCUGUAGUUGGGUCCAAGGAAAGAAGGGGACAGCAAGCUUUUUUGUGGGUGACAGAUCUCAUCCAAUGUCUCAAGAGAUAUAUAAUCUUCUUGAUGAUCUGAUUCACCGUAUUAAAAUUAUGGGUUAUGUUCCCGAGACUAGCUUUGCUCUCCAUGACGUAGAUGAUGAGGAGAAAGGGGAUCUUCUGCUUGAACAUAGUGAGAAAUUGGCACUUGCUUAUGGUAUUCUUACAACAGCUCCAGGGAUGCCUAUUAGGAUCACCAAGAACUUGCGUGUUUGUGGGGAUUGUCAUAUAGCCAUUACUUACAUUUCCAGGAUCAUUGAACAUGAAAUUAUACUAAGGGACUCGAGUCGCUUUCAUCAUUUCAAGAAUGGAUCCUGCUCUUGCAAAGGGUAUUGGUGAAGAUGUUCUAAUUUUGUCUAAUCAGUAAGUUGGAUGCGCCACUACAAGAGAGGCACAAAGAUAUUACUGCAAUCAAAAAGAAAACUAAUCACAUCUGGUGAUCUAUUAUAAAUUUUUAAUUAUGAAACAAUUUCAUUUGCUUACUGGCUUCACCUUCCCCCAUGGAUACUUCCCUAGACAUUUUACUCCCUUUUGCACUGCUCUCUCUUUCGUCCUGUUGGAUUUCCAGGUUAUAACUACAUCAUUCGAUAACAAAUCUGUUAUCACAAUUGUCUCCCAUUUAUUUAGAUUGUACAAAGAAAAAGGAAAUUAAAUUAUUUGUUUUAUUCUAUUUUCAUGGGCUAUGUUGAUUUCCUUUUUCUUGAAAUUUUUUUGAGGCGCUGCGUUGAUCUGUUUCAUCUUUCAAUCUCUCACAAAUUAAUCACACUGUCCUCUCUAAAUUUUUCAUUCUCCCCCUUAGUAGUUUCUUUGGCAAGAAUCCUAACCCUUUUGGUCGAAACCAAGAGAGGAAUCAAGCCAAACUGACAACUCUUUCCUCCUUGAAUCAUUCCUUCCCUUAGGGUUCAAUUCUUCUUUCCGCAAGUUAUUCUUCUGCGUUUAUACAAUUUCCAAAUUUCUAGAAUUGAAGCUCUUUCAAGGCAAACAGUUGGUCGAAGCCGUAAGGUCGAUCAAUCUUAAGCAAUAAAAUACGAGAUAUGAAUAAAAUGGUACAGUGGGCUUGACAAAGGCAGGGGACUGAAAAAGGAGAGAGGCGCAUGCUCUACUGGAAUGCACCAGAAAUGGGCAGUUUGAAACUCAACACUGUCUCUGUUAUUUGACGGGAGCUUGGACUUAAUGGCAUUGAAGUUGUUGUCCGUGAUCAUUGGGGAGUGGUGAUGGCAGCUCCUACCAGGUACAUCAUGGGAAAUCUCUCCUGCAUUAUGAGAGGGUCUGGUUUCGGUUCGUGCUGUGGAUCGGUAUAGUGUAGGCUGAACGUGAUACACUGCAGCUGGUUCAAGAGUUAUAAAACAUCUAGACCAUUGUUGGAUACUGCUUUAAUUAUUUAGAUAUUGUACCGUUCCUUGGAGUAGUGGGCUGUGGGAUUGUCACUUCGCCUGUAGAGGAGAACCAAGUGAUCCAUAAAUUUGCAUCUCUUGCUACGGUGAAUAGAGAGGAUUGGUUGUGAAUCGACUGUAUUCCAUUGUCAAUGCUAAUCGUAGUUUGUAACGAUAUAUGACAAAAGUGGUUUGAUUGACGUUUAACAAAAAAAAAAAAAAAAA